AUGUUUCAAUUAUUAAGCUUUUUAUUAAGUGGUGAAGCCACCGCAGUCGAAAGAAUCAUCACUGAUGCUUGCCCAGUUUAUGCCCCAUUCUUUGGUGCUAUGGGUGUCACAGCUGCUUUAGUUUUCACAGUUAUGGGUGCCGCUUAUGGUACUGCUAAAGCCUCUGUUGGUAUUUCAAAUAUGGGUGUUAUGAAACCAGAUCUUGUAAUUAAAGCUUUCAUUCCAGUUAUUUUUGCUGGUGUUAUUGCUAUCUAUGGUCUUAUUAUUUGUGUUAUUCUCGUCGGUGGUAUCAAACCAAAUGCCAACUAUACCUUAAUGAAAUCUUUCACUGAUUUAGGUGCUGGUUUAACUGUCGGUCUCUGUGGUCUUGCUGCUGGUAUGGCUAUUGGUAUUGUUGGUGACUCUGGUGUUAGAGCUUUCGGUCAACAACCAAAAUUAUACGUUAUUAUGAUGCUUAUCCUUAUUUUCUCUGAAGCUCUUGGUUUAUAUGGUUUAAUUAUUGGUAUUUUAUUAUCAUCUGUCUCAGAUACCUAUUGCCCAGGUCAAGCUUUAGUUCCAUUAAACAGUGGUAACGUUAUUGGUAAAAACUAA